AUGUCACAGCUCUAUGAGGACUACCUUAGCUCCGGAGAGAACUGGAUGAACAGUUCACUGGUGAUAAACGCCAACCGAAAGCUCUCCACGAAACGACGUGGUAAAUACAAGAUGUGCAUGUACAAGGAUGUCAAGGUUCAGUUCGGCCCAGGGAUCGCGAAGCAACUUCGUGACUCGAAGAGGGAGCAGGAACAGAAGAAAGAUCCCAAUGAUCCCACCAUCUACUGGUCCGAGCAUCCUGACUUCAGGGGGCAGAACAAAGAGGACCCGGAUGAAUUUGAGUAUGAACUCUUACGAAUCUGGGAUUCCUUGACCUUCGAAGAUGAGGUUGCAGAUGACCUAACCAUCUCGUUGGAAGCCAGUGGAGCAUUGGAUGAAACCCAAACAAGGAAACUCUUGUGCCCUGUUAUGCGCUUAAGGGAAGAGACUCCUAAUUUCAGAAAACAUGUACAUGUUGCAUGUAUGAUCUCCUCAACAGCUAUUUUUAAGGCAAAAUGUGACGGCUGGUGA